CUCAAACAGUUGGGUAUACAUCCGGACUGGCAAUUCGUAGAUGUUUAUGGUAUGGAACCAGAACUGCUUAGCAUGGUGCCAAGACCUGUCUGUGCAGUGCUACUUCUCUUUCCAAUAACAGAGAAGUACGAAACCUUCAGAACAGAAGAAGAAGAGAGAAUAAAAGCUAAGGGGCAAGAUGUCAAAUCAUCAGUGUAUUUCAUGAAGCAGACCAUUAACAAUGCUUGUGGAACAAUUGGGCUAAUUCAUGCUAUUGCAAACAACAGAGAUAAAAUGAACUUUGAAACUAAUUCUUCACUGAAAAAGUUCCUAGAAGAUUCAUUAUCGAUGACUCCUGAGGAGAGGGCCAAAUAUCUAGAAACUUAUGAAGCUAUUCGUGUCACUCAUGAAUCCAGUGCCCAUGAAGGUCAGACUGAGGCACCAAGUAUAGAUGAAAAAGUAGAUCUUCACUUUAUUGCAUUAGUUAAUGUAGGUGGUCAUCUCUAUGAAUUGGAUGGGCGCAAGCCAUUUCCAAUAAACCAUGGGGAAACUAGCGACGAUUCAUUUUUAGAGGAUGCAAUAGAAGUUUGCAAGAAAUUCAUGGAACGUGACCCAGAAGAAUUAAGAUUUAAUGCAAUUGCACUGUCUGCAGCUUAAAAGCCUUUUCCAGUCGGGCUAAUCUAUUGCAAUGUAUUGUAACAAUAAAACCGUUGCCAUAUGUUAAUAAUACAAAUUUUGAUACUUCCCUAACAUGUUGAUUAACUGUAGCAUACGUGGAAUAAACUUUGCAUUUGUCAUUGCUA